AUUAAGCUGCCACCAAUGAUGGAAAUCAUAACGGCUGAACAGCUAAUGGAAUACUUAGGAGACUAUAUUCUUGAUGCAAAGCCUAAAGAGAUAUCUGAAAUUCAGCGUCUAAAUUAUGAGCAGAAUAUGAGUGAUGCAAUGGCAAUUCUGCAUAAGUUACAGACGGGUCUGGAUGUCAAUGUGAAGUUUACGGGUGUACGAGUGUUUGAAUACACACCUGAAUGCAUAGUGUUUGAUCUUCUUGAUAUACCCUUGUACCAUGGAUGGUUAGUGGACCCUCAGGUUGCUGACAUUGUUAAAGCAGUUGGUAACUGCAGUUACAAUCAGCUAGUGGAGAAGAUCAUUUCUUGUAAACAGUCAGACAACAGUGAACUGGUUAGUGAAGGAUUUGUAGCUGAGCAAUUUCUAAAUAACACAGCUACACAGUUGACAUACCAUGGACUAUGUGAAUUGACUUCAGCUGUCCAGGAGGGAGAGCUUUGUGUGUUCUUCAGGAACAACCAUUUUAGCACCAUGACCAAAUAUAAG